AUGGUUGCACUUGAUAAGAGGCCCAAGGGGAGGCCAUCUGGCUCAAAGAAUAAGCCCAAAUCAGCCAUGGACAUGUUCAAACCCAUAAUCUUGAUAAUUUCAACUGGCAUGAACAUUAUCGAUGCCAUCAUCGACUUUAGUCACAAGAAGGAUGUCAGCAUCGCUGUGCACCAUGCUUCGGGUGCCAUAUCUGAGGUUAACAUUUUCAACCCUUUACCCCCUUCUAAUUGUUGGUCCUUUCAAGGAAACUUGCAUAUGUUUUAUCUCUCAGGCUUUUAUACCAAAAGCAUUUCACCUUUUCCCCCUAACAACGUUCCUUAUUCCUCCUUUAACAUUCAAUUCUCAAUGGAUUGGGUCCACCAAACCUUUGGUGGCCUUGUCGGACGCAAGUUGAUUGCUGCGGAACCUGUGCAUGUCUUUGCUUCUAUCUUCAAGGAGAACGAGUGUGAAGGGGUGGUGAAUCCUAUCGCAAAUCCAAAUGUUCAAUCUGUUAUGAUGAGUACUCAUGUUACCCAUUGUGUUGCUGAUGCUUUUGUUGCCAACACUGACAACACAGUCUAUCACCCUAGUUUCUCUAUUGGAGCUUCAACCUCAUCAUCUUCAAUGAAUGACCAACCUCUUGAUGCUUCUCCUGGAGAUGUGAACAUGCUUUAUUGGAACGACCCCACCAACUAG